AUGAGGACCUCCCCGCCGACCUGGGCGUUGAUAUCCUGCACCGCCCUCACCCUGAGCGAGGCGCGGUCCCUCUGGUCCUCGGUCCCCGCGACGUACGGCGACACAAGCGCCGACACGUAUCUCCUCAAGGCCGGCUACCCCAUCGGCAACGGUAAACUCGGGGCCAUCCCGUUCGGCCCGCCCCAUGCGGAGAAGAUCAACCUCAACAUCGACUCACUCUGGGCCGGCGGUCCGUUCGAGGCCUCGAAUUACACGGGCGGCAACCCUUCAGAGGCCAAAUACCAAGCUCUGCCCGAGAUCCGCUCGACAAUCUUUGAGGAUGGCACCGGAGACGUCUCCCCGCUCCUCGGCUCUGGGCAGUACUACGGUGGCAACCGCGUCCUGGCCAACCUCACAAUCUCCAUCGGCGGCUUGGCCUCCUACGCCGCCUACAGGCGCACCCUCGACUUGACGACGGGCGUCCACACAACGUCCUUCACCGUGAACGCGACGGCCGCCUACGAGGUCACCCAGCUCUGCUCGUACCCGGACCAGGUCUGCGUCUACCACAUCGCCGCCGCCGCCACCUCCUCACCUUCCUCCUCGAACGCAACCACCCUCCCGACCAUCCGUCUCGGCUACGAGAACCAGUUGGUCGCCAACGACACCUACGACGUUAUCUGCGCCGCCGACCACCUCCGCCUCGCCGGCGUCACUCAGCUCGGCCCGCCUGAGGGCAUGAGGUUCGCCUCCGUCGCCAGGAUCGCCGACGAGACGACGCCGACGACGCGCUGCACCUGCGCCGGCGAGCUCGAGGUCACUCCCGCCGAGGGCCAGACGACCCUUACCGUCAUCAUCAGCGCCGAGACCAACUACGACCAGAAGAAAGGCAACCCGGAGAGCGGCUACUCCUUCAGGGGCGAGGACCCGGGCCCCGUCGUCGAGCGCCUCGCGUCCGCAGCCGCCACGAAACCCUUUCCCGACAUCCUCGCCGCCCACGUCGCCGACUACCAGUCCCUCCAAGGCGCGUUCCGCCUCGACCUCCCGGACCCGCUGGCCUCGGCCGAGAAGGAGACGGCCGCGCUCAUCGCGGGGUACGCCUACGACGGCGCCGACGCCGGCGACCCGUUCCUCGAGGCCCUGCUGUUCGACUACUCGCGCCACCUGCUCGUCUCGUCGUCGCGCGCCAACUCGCUGCCAGCCAAUCUCCAGGGCCGCUGGACCGAGCAGCUGUGGCCCGCCUGGAGCGCCGACUACCAUGCCAACAUCAACCUGCAGAUGAACUACUGGGCCGCCGACCAGACGGGCCUCGCCGCCACCCAAGGCGCGCUGUGGGACUACAUGGAGGACACCUGGGUCCCGCGCGGCACCGAGACGGCCCGCCUGCUGUACAACGCCACCGGCUGGGUCGUCCACAACGAGAUGAACGUCUUUGGGCACACGGCCAUGAAGGAAGGCGCGAGCUGGGCGAACUACCCGGCGGCAGCGGCCUGGAUGAUGCAGCACGUCUGGGACAACUUCGACUACACCCAGGACCUCGACUGGUUCGCCCGCCAGGGCUACCCCCUCAUCCGGGGCGUCGCCUCCUUCUGGCUCUCUCAGCUGCAGAACGACGCCGUCGCCAACGACGGCACCCUCGUCGUGAACCCCUGCAACAGCCCCGAGACGGGGCCGACUACCUACGGCUGCACCCACUACCACCAGAUGAUCCAUCAGGUCUUCGAGGCCGUCCUCCAUGGCGCCGCACUCGUCGGCCCCCAAGACGGCGGAGGCGACGACGCCGCCUUCCUCGCCGCCGUCUCCGACUCCCUCGCCCGCCUCGACAAGGGCGUCCACCUGACGUCUUGGGGCGGCCUCAAGGAGUGGAAGCUUCCCGACUCCUAUGGCUUCGACGGCAAGUCCACGCACCGCCACCUCUCCCACCUGACGGGCUGGUAUCCGGGCUUCUCCGUCUCGUCCUUCCUCGGCGGCUACGCCAACGCCACGGUCCAGGACGCCGUGCGCGAGACGCUCGUGUCGCGCGGCAUGGGCAACGCCGAGGACGCCAACGCUGGGUGGGCCAAGGUCUGGCGCGCCGCGUGCUGGGCCCGCCUCAACGACACGGACAGGGCGUACGAGCAGCUGCGCUACGCCAUCGACGUCAACUUCGCUGACAACGGUUUCAGCAUGUACUGGGCCAUGAGCCCGCCGUUCCAGAUCGACGCCAACUUCGGGCUCGGCGGCGCCGUACUCAGCAUGCUGGUCGUUGAUCUGCCGCUGCCGUAUGCCGCGAGGGACGACGUGCGGACCGUAGUCCUGGGACCGGCGAUCCCGGCGAGAUGGGGUGGCGGCAGCGUCAAGGGGUUGAGGGUUAGAGGAGGCGGUGUGAUUGACUUUAGCUGGGACGACGUGGGUAUCGUGGACAAUGUUGUAGUCGUGUCUGCGAGCAAGGCUGGCGGUGGUAAAGUCCGGCUUGUAAACAUUCAGGGGAAAGAAUUGGGUGAACUCUAG